AUGAUUUUUCCUCUUUUUUUUUCUCGACAUCACUGGAAUUUUCUUCGUCUCUUUCUUUCUCCAAUUUUUCUUCUUCCCACCCCCACUACUAUAUCUGCUUCUUUUUGUCCCUUCUUUUUUCAAGAAUUUGGAUGGAAAGCGAAGAGACAGCUGCGACGGGAUGUCUCUGUGACCCCCCAAAAUGUUUGUCUGUUUUUAACUUUUACAUCCGUUCCUCUCGCCCCAACCUGUUACUUCCACCCGUCCGCUUCCUUCUUUCUACCUCUCUCUCUCACCCCCAAUGAUUCUUAUUUCACUCAGGCCUCAACCAAACUUUCUCCGCUUUCACACAACAUUUUUACUCAAGGCGAAGAGUUCUCUUUCUUUAGCUCUUUCUCUAUCUUUCUCUCAUUUUCUCUCUCUUUCUCAUUUUUUUUUCGAUUGGCGUCAAAGUAUUUUCAUUCAGCUGCAUCUCUCUCUCUCUCUCUUUCCUCCCUCUCUCUCUUUCCUCCCUCUCUCUCUUUCCUCCCCCUCUCUCUUUCCUCCCCCUCUCUCUCUUUCCUUCCCCCCCUCUCUCUCCUUCCCCCCUCUCUCUCCUUCCCCCUCUCUCUCUCCUUCCCCUCUCUCUCUCCUUCCCCCUCUCUCUCUCCUUCCCCCUCUCUCUCUCUCCUUCCCAUCUCUCCUUCUUUACUGCAAAAAGCAUAA